AAAUUACGUACUCUUGAAAUUUGAGAGGUUUUUUACGAGGAUGUAGUAAAGUUUACGACAUAAAAAUAACUAAUUUUUUUCGAAGAAGUAUUCGUCAAUUUUCGUAUAUUUUUGGACCCUCGUGAAGUACAUAUGAAGUUUAUAGUCGGUGUAAUUAAGACUACUGACGUCACACCGUCUCAUAGCAGCUGCCAUUUCGUCAUGUCGCUUAUUUCAAAGAAAGACCCAGAGCUCGAGCGUUACAAACUGAUGCAACUCAGCCUACAUUUGCGUGGGUAAGCUGCAGUGUAUAUAUAAAGCCGACGGCGUGCCGUUCAGAUCAGUAUAUUGAAUUGAAAAAAGCUGAACAAUUUCUAAAGUGGUAUGGCAGGUAAACGAUUAGGCUUUGCAACGCCACUCACAAUUGCAGUAUUUGGAGCGAAGAAGGUUGGAAAGACGUCAUUAAUUCGUCGUUUUGUCGGUCAGAGCUUUACCAGACAGCAUAAUCCUACCGUUGAAGAUUACUAUGAAGAGGAUAUCAUACGUGGAACACACAGGUGCAGGCAACUGAAAAUUCUGGACACAACAGGUUCAUACGAUUUUCCUGUUAUGCGGCAAAUCGCUAUCUCCAAAGCUGAAGCAUUUAUUCUUGUGUAUUCACUUGACGAUCCAAAGUCAUUCGAGAAAGUGAAAUGGCAUCGACAGGAGAUACUGAAAUACAAAGAAAACGAGAAACGAAAGGUCGCCAUUCUUGUCGUCUGUAACAAAACUGACUUAACUGAUACAGCUAGCUUGGAAGCCAUUGUAAAGAAUUCAAGCAAUGCUGAAUCUUUGCCGUUCUUUGAUGAACUUCAAGCGCAGAAAAAGACAGUCGAUGAAUGGGGAUGUAAACUUAUGUUCACUUCAGCGAAGGUUCGCUGGAAUAUUAACAAAGUUUUUUAUGAACUUGUCGACAUUGAAGAAGAAAGGACUAAUCGGUUGACAGAAGGAAUAACCGAGCAAAGACGGCGAUCAAGCUUGUGGCUUCAGAUAGUGUGUCCGAAUUAUCGCUCCCAGAGACCAAAACAUCUGGUUAGGACAAGAUCAAUGUCGGCAUAACAUAUAUAGAUAUAUGUAUUGUCCCAGUUAUGACUGACAUUUUCGAGCACAAACCUUGUAUUAUAUUUAAUGAAAUUUAAGGUCGAGUAUUAUAUGAUGACUUCAUGAAAAGUUAAAUAAAGAAAGUGUGUAAAUUGUUGAAAAAUUUGUUGUUGAAG